GUCUCGUUCGCAGCCUGAUCCAGCUGGAGGGGUUCCUGAGCGGGAUGUGCUGCAGCUGCGAGGCGGUCUACCGCGUGCUGUACUGGGAGAACCCCGCUGUCUCUUCGCAGUUUUAUGGGGUGCUGCUGGGCUCCGUCUGUGUCCUUUACCUGCUGCCCCUCUGCUGGGUCCUGGCCAUCCUCAACAGCACCCUCUUCCUGGGCAACACCCAGUUCUACCAAGUGGUAAUGGAGCUCAAGGCCUCCAUCGAGCAACGUGUGGGCACCAAGCCCCUCGAGCGUGCUCCAGAGCCUGCCGAACCCCUGCCAGCUGCUGCCCCCCUGGAUCGGACCCCCACACCCACCAGCACAGAGGACCUUACCCCUGGCAGCGUAGAGGAGGCAGAGGAGGGAGAGCCCGAUGAAGAGUUUAAAGAUGCUAUUGAGGAGGAUGACGAGAGCUCUCAGUGCUCAGCAGAUUUUGACCUCAACCUCCCAGACAACGGUUUUAUGAGCAAAAAUGAGGUGAUCCGCAGCAAGGUGUCACGCCUGACUGAGCGCCUGCGCAAGCGCUACCCCAGCAACAACUUCGGGAGCUGCACGGGCUGCGCAGCCACCUUCUCUGUGCUCAAGAAGAGGCGGAGCUGCAGCAACUGUGGGAACAGCUUCUGCUCCAGGUGUUGCUCCUUCAAAGUACCCAAGGCUGUGAUGGGAGCCACGGCCCCGGAGGCUCAGAGGGAGACGGUGUUCGUGUGUGCCCUGUGCAACCAGGUGCUCAUCAAGUGA